GUGACACAUUCAGGCCCGCAGGAGGUGACAGUUUCAGAGGCAGGGUAUGAUGUCCAGGAGAAAUGUCCCCCAAAUCCUCUGCAUUGGGCUGGCUCUGGUUAUUGCCACCAAUGUCCUCCUGGUAUUUUAUACCAGGAGGACAUUACAAAAGUUGAUUUGGGGAAAUCUCCAAAAGCAGCUUCAUUUGGCUUCGUCUGAAUGGAACAAGACAGUGAUAAAGAGACUCUCUCAUGUGGAGGUGGAUUUGCGGCAUCUGAAAGAAAGUAUGAAAUUGGCUCUGAAGCAAGAAGAAAAUGUGGACAACACAGUGGUGAGGGUGAAAUAUGAACAUCCUGUUCAAAAGGCACUGAAAAAUAAAGCAAGUGAAACAAAGAAGCACAAACCCAGAGUACUCUUCCCAGACUCACAACUUUUCAGGCAGUGGGGUAAGGAUCUUUCUGAGGCCCAGCAGAAAAAGGCCGAGGACCUUUUCAUGAAGUUUGGUUACAACGUUUACCUCAGUAACCAGUUGCCUUUCAAUCGCACCAUCCCAGACACCCGAGAUUCCAGGUGUCUUCAGAAGACAUAUCAUUCACAACUCCCAUCUCUUGGUGUCAUUCUCAUAUUCAUGAAUGAAGAUCUGUCCAUUAUACAACGGGCCAUCACUAGUGUCAUCAACCGCACCCCCUCUCAUUUGUUAAAGGAGAUCAUCUUGGUGGAUGAUUUUAGCUCAAAUGGAGAACUAAAGGCAUACUUGGAUGAGAAGAUUAAACUUUACAACCGGAAGUAUCCAGGACUACUAAAAAUAAUUCGGCAUAUGAAGAGAAAGGGUCUUGCUCAAGCACACAACACUGGCAGGAAAGUGGCUACAGCUGAUGUGAUUGCCAUCUUGGAUGCUCAUGUUGAAGUGAACAUUGGGUGGGCGGAGCCCAUUUUGGCUCGGAUUCAGGAAGACCACACUGUAAUUGUGUCUCCUGUGUUUGACAAUAUUCAUUUUGACACCUUUGAACUGGAAAAGUAUGCACUGGCAGUUGAUGGCUUUAACUGGGAACUAUGGUGCCGCUAUGAUCCACUGCCAAAGGCCUGGUUUGAUCUGCAUGAUGCCACCACUCCAGUGAAGAGUCCUUCCAUCAUGGGCAUCCUGGCUGCCAACAGGAUCUUUUUGGAAGAGAUCAGAUCUCUGGAUGGUGGGAUGCUGGUCUAUGGAGGAGAGAACACGGAGCUUAGCUUGAGAGUGUGGCAGUGUGGAGGGAGAAUUGAGGUCUUACCCUGCUCCCGGAUUGCUCACCUAGACAGACACCACAAGCCUUAUGCCUUGGAUCUGAGUCUUGCCUUGAAGCGUAAUGCUUUGCGAGUGGCUGAAAUCUGGAUGGAUGAGUACAAACACAUGGUCUAUUUGGCCUGGAACAUACCUCUCCAGAACUCUGGAAUCGAUUUUGGAGACAUUUCUUCCAGAAUGGCACUCCGGAAAAAACUGAAAUGUAAAACUUUUGACUGGUAUCUGAAAAAUGUUUAUCCAAACCUGAAGCCAAUCCACAACAUUGUGGGCUACGGAAGAAUGAAAAACACAUUGGAUGAAAAUAUCUGCCUGGAUCAGGGACUUGUUUCAGGCAAAACCCCCAUCAUGUUUUACUGUCACAAAUACAGUCUGCAGAAUGUCUACUAUCACCUAACUGGGGAGUUCUAUGUGGGACCACUGAUUGCAGAGGCACGUACUGAUGAUCACUGCCUGACAGGCCCUGGCAAUGGGGAGAAGCCCACUUUAGAGCCAUGUUCCAAGGCAGCCCAAAACAGACUGCACAUAUACUGGGAUUUUAAACCGGGAAAAGCUGUCAUGAACGGAGCCACCAAGCGAUGUCUGGAGAUGAAGAAAGACACUUCGGGCAUCUGUGAGCCUGUGCUCCAGACCUGCACCACACAAGCAUGGACGAUACAGUAUACUGUGCAAAACUGGGGGUCAAACUAG